AUUCGUAUUCUUCGGUAAUCAAGUCAAUUUGCAUAAAGCUUUUAAUCAGUUAGCACCUCUUAAUAUCUCGGCAACUCUAAUUAUAAAUUAGAGACCCAAUAAAGCGAGCUCUUAUUCAACUUUUAAGCAAGGGUUCGCACGUGGAUAAUGUUCUUUUUCAUUACCCGCCAUCAAUUUCUUCUAUCCUCUUGUGAAUCUUUAUCAGUUUAUCUUAAUUUAUUCAAUGGAAAUGGAGGAUCCAUAUAUGAAUUUGGAUCCAGCUGAAUUCUUCAAUCUCUUAGAAAGCAAUCAGCUGUCAGUGGUGGAAGAUAUCAAAAGUCUCAUUCAUGAUCAUCUUAACACCACCAAAGAAGCAUGGCUUGUACAGGGUCUCUUCGAUUACAGCAUGUCAAAAGGUUCUCUAAGAGCGAUGGAGAUCCUCCUUGGCCUCAGAGAAACCCAUUCUAAGCAUCUGCUUGACAAAUUAUCAGAAUCUCUUCGUUCUAGCAACAGCAGGCUCUCGUCACUCAUUUUCAUGGGAUUUCUGGUCAGAAAGCAACCCCAAUGGCUUCACAGAAUAAGUUCGCAUUACGUAAUGAGGGACCUCAUCAAAGUCUUGAAGACCGAUGGUGGUGUAGUUGUCUUGGUCAAUGCGCUGCUCGUCCUGACUGCUCUCAUACCCAUUAUCCCAAACUUGGAAAGCUCCAUACUCAAUGAGAUUUUUGAAAGUUUUACGAGACUAGCCGCUUGGAACUACUCAAACCAACCCAAACAGCCUGAAGUUUACGUCCUACAUCUCCAAAUUGCGUUAUAUGCUUUGUUCCACCGUCUGUACGGCAUGUAUCCGUGCAAUUUCCUUUCCUACCUGCGCCAACAUUAUUCGCUACGCGAUAAUUUACCGAUUUUCAGCCACACUGUCAAGCCCAUGGUAGAAACAGUUCGAAUGCAUCCUCUCUUAGUCACCGCAUCCAAAGAUAUUGAAAUCGGGACUGCCAGGUGGAAGCAGAUGAGCGUCCACGACAUUGUCACCGAAUGUGCCAAGUACUCUUUGCUCGAAUGCCAAGAGAUAGGCAACCGCGAAGACCCGAUUUGUUCCAAUUUGGUUCAUUCUUCUACGUGUGCUGUAGAGCCUGCAGUUGCCAGUGCCACACAGCCAGCACCUUGGCUUGAUGAAGCCAUGAACGUCAAUGGAGAAUGGUCUUGGCCGGCCCAGUGGGUGCUUCAAGGGCCUUCAACCACGAAAGCUCCUCUUAGCGCCCGGGUGACGCCGAAACCCGAUCCUACAGAAAGUUAUCUCAAGCAACAACAGGCGUCCAUACCACCAUCUUCGUCUGUUGCUCGAACGUUAAAUCUGACUCCCACAGCGUCACCAUUGCCCCUUCCACCGACAUCACCCAUGAAGAAAGACCUUCAUUCUUUCAAAUUUCCUGGAGUAGGAACAAGUGGAGGAGCUACCGGUGUAGCUGGCGUUAGCACUGGUGAACAUGACCGACGUGGCAUGGUCAUUGGAGUCAAAUUGCAGAAGAUUGGCCAAGAGCCGGCCAGCAAUUCGUUCGCUCAUUUUGGACCCGUUCUUUCCGGUAUGCGAUCGCGGCAUUCGAGUGGAGCGCCAAGUGCCGAUGCUCGCAAGAACCUUAUGAGCCCUUCUACUUUAGCCGAACAGCUAAGCCCGGCUCCACACAAACCCACAGACAAAGAUCAUAUCAGUGCCGAAGAUCGCGAAGUGUGUCGGCUAUUGUCAUCCAAACCCCCUUCUAAAGAUUAUUUUGAAAAGGAAACUCACGCGCUUUCGCAAUCGUGGAUCCAGUCACGUGAAGGAACGCCAUGCGCUCCGCCACCUAGUAGGCCCGACAGCCUUCUCCAGGAUAAAAUCGAUGAUGGCCGACAUGAUGACAGUGAGCCAGAAGAGUACAACCGUGCUAGUCACGAAGACUAUAAUUACGGAGAUGACGUCCUCGAAUCACGGCCGAAUGCAGGAGGUCAUGGAACAGGAGGACAUUUAGGUGCGGGUGGCGGUGUAGUAAACCAUACUUCUUGCCAGUCUGGCGGCCUGCAUAUGCCGGACCAAACGCGCUUCUCCGACUUUGUUCAGCGUGUUAAGCGGCUGCGCUAUUUCAGUCAAUGCCUUCCAGUGGCCAGUGCCAAUCAAGGGAGCCCAGGAAGUGGGAGCAGUAUUGGCACUGUUGUCGAGAGCACUAGCUCCUUCGGCCCCACUGCAUCGACAUUAACAUUGCGUUUACGUAAACGCAGUCAUUCGUGUCCUAAUUUACUUCAGCUGGACUCCAGUGGCGAUCAACGAGUCGCCGUCGUAGCUGAAAGUGAUGGUAAAGAGGAACCCACCUCUUCACCCAGUUGCGUGACAGCUCAACAGCAAUCGACCGCCUCGCAAACGGAUCAGGAUCUUUGGCCGCCUACCCCGUACGAGCACCUCUUCUUCAGCGUGUUGCCUCCAUCGCUCCUCUUCCCGCCUCCGCCAGCUCCGGCGGAAGCUUCUCCAAGACAAUUGGCUCCAUCCGAACUGCUCGACCGCUACAUCGACGCUGCCUUCCGGAAUCACGAGCGUAGCACGGCCUUAUUAGGCAAGCCGAACGCGACAGAAGACGUUUCUCUGCUCAAAGGACAAGUUUUGAUGUUGCAAAGUCAAUUGCAAUUUGAGCGCCACCGGCGCGAAGUCCACGCCGAGCGCAACCGUCGUCUGCUGGCCAAAGCCAAACAAGGCCGUUUGGCCGAGGAAGAAUUGCACACGAUGCGAUUGCAAUUGGUCCAGGCCCAGAACGAAAUGGCCGCCGUGCGGCGAGAUGCGGACACGAUGCGCCGUCUGCGCAACGCGGCCGAAGCGGAGCGCGCGCAGGCCGUCCUCCAGUUCGAAGAGCGGACCAAGAAGAUGCUGCAAGAGCUCCAGGAUUUGUCUGCCGAUAAAAGCCAGCGAGAGCAGGAAUUAUUUGCGGCUCGCGAGGAGGCCCGUUCCCUGCGCCGCGAAGCGGAUCGCCUUCACGCGCAAUCAUUUGCCGUCAAAGCCGAAAUGAACGAUCUGCGGCGGCAGGCCAACGAGUCCCGACGAUUCCAACAGGAUCUCAAAGAUUCUCAGUACCAUUUGAUAGCUGCCCGCGAAACGGCCAAUUUGCUCCAGCAGCAGCUCAUGAAUCCGUCAGGAGCCGUUUUGAAGUAUGAAAUGGAGGAGAUGACUCGCGCUUAUAAAGAGGAGUUGAAAGCUCAUUGGGAGAAACUGGAACGAGAAAGGCGGCAGAACGAGGCGCUGACGUCAAAAUUGGCCGACAUGGAAGCAACGGCUCUUCGUCGAGAGACGGACAUUUCCGAAUUGAAACGAACGUUACAGCUGGUGAAGGAGGAACACCAGCAAGUCAUGCAGGUGGCCGAGCACAAAUACGAUUCGAUUAAAAGCAUCAACAUGGCCUUGGAGAAUUCCAUCCUGCAGCUGCGCCAUCAGGUCGAACUUGGCCGUUCGCGACAGAGUCGCCGCCGGCUCAUCACCCAACAGCGGGAAGAUGGGUCGGGGGGUGCCGCGACCUCAGCCCUCAACGCUGCAUCCUCUAUGAUGCCAGCCUCUGUUCCAGGAUUCAGCACAUCGCCCAGCAGUCCGCCAUCCUUUUCUUCCAUUUCAGGAGCAAGUACGGAACAGCUGUCGGUGUCGUUAGCGGUGGAGGCCAGCGAGGGACUCAACGAGUUGUAUUGGCAAGGGAUAGAGACAUCGGCGCUGGCCGAGGUGGCCGAUUUGCCCCACGAGAGCUGCAGUAACGCCGAUCGCCGUCACAGCCUCGAUAUUGACCGCAACGCCAGGAAACCGACGUCCCAAUAACAAAAUGCGCCAGUCCCCGUAUAUAAAAAAUUAUCACUAAGAUUACGAUUACCUAAUUUCUACUAUAAUCACUAUUUGAAACCAAGCAGAAGAAGAAAAAAAAAAAAACAAUU